AUGGAAGGGCGAGCAUUUGUCGUACUGCUGGUCAUUGCCUCACUUAUAGUAUUAGCAGAAAAUACUGAUCACAAGAAUGCCAUUGAAAUCUACAGCCUGCAUGUGGACUCUAUGGUUACAUCUCGAUUUGCUCAUACAGUUAUCACCAGCAGACUUGUCAACAAGAUUAAUGAAUCCCAGGAGGCUGUUUUUGAAGUGGAAUUGCCUAAAACAGCUUUCAUCACUAACUUCAGCAUGUCAAUUGAUGGAGAAACAUAUCCAGGAACAAUAAAGGAGAAAGCAUCUGCACAAGAGCAAUAUGACAUUGCGGUUUCACAUGGUCAAAGUGCCGGCCUUGUCAAAACUACUGGAAGGAAACUAGAGCAGUUUCAUGUUUCAGUCAAUGUUGCAUCAGACAGUAAGGUUACCUUUGAGCUGAUAUAUGAGGAGUUGUUGAAGCGACAGCUGGGGAAGUAUGAAUUGUUAUUUAAGGUCAGACCCAAGCAGCUUGUUAAGCACUUUCAGAUUGAUGUCCACAUCUUUGAACCCCAGGGUAUAAACUUCCUGGAAACUGACAGCACCUUUAUGACAAAUGAGUUAACUGAAGCUCUUACAAAGCUGCAGAAUGAGACCAAGGCUCAUAUUUUAUUUAAACCAACAAUAGUUCAACAAAAGAAGAGUCCUGAACUUGAGGAAACCCUUCUAGAUGGAGACUUUAUAAUACGUUAUGAUGUUAAAAGGGAUGUCAGUGCAGGAGAUAUACAGAUCGUAAACGGGUAUUUCGUGCAUUACUUUGCACCCACUGAAAUGUCAACAUUUCCCAAAAAUGUCAUCUUUGUUGUCGAUCAAAGUGGCUCUAUGUCAGGCAGAAAAAUUGAACAGACAAGAGAUGCCCUCCUGAAGAUUUUGGAAGACCUUAGACCUGAAGAUCAUUUUAGUUUAAUAACCUUUAAUAGCCUGGUUACUGAAUGGAAGAAUACUUUGUUACAAGCAACUGGACAAAAUGUGGAAAGUGCUAAAAGAUAUGUUAAAACUGUUAUGGCUCGUGGAGGAACAGAUAUCAACAAUGCCCUACUGACUGCAGCAAACACGCUGGAUAAGGCCAACUAUGCUGAGAUAUUGCAAGCACACAGCAUUUCAAUGAUAAUUUUGCUGACAGAUGGUCAACCCACUGUUGGUGUUCAAGAUGUUGAAAUAAUUCAACAAAAUAUACAGAAGGCUAUCAAAGAAAAAUAUGUCCUCUAUUGCCUUGGCUUUGGUUUUGAUGUCAGUUACAAGUUCCUUGAGAAGAUGGCCCUAGAUAGUGGAGGAAUAGCUCGUCGUAUAUAUGAGGACUCUGAUUCAGAUUUGCAGCUCCAGAGCUUUUAUCAAGAAGUGGCUACUCCUAUAUUAAAGGAUAUUGAAAUACAGUAUCCAGAAAAUUCCAUCCUGGAAUUAACUCAGAACAAUUUCAAAUUGUUUUUUGAUGGUUCUGAAAUUGUGGUAGCUGGAAGAAUUGACAAUGAGCUUGACGUUUUGCCAGUGGAAAUUCAAGCUCAGUCACAUACUAGUAACCUGAUUUUUAAGGAGGAAGCAAAUGUAAGAGAAAAGGAGAAAGUAUUUCAACAUCAGAAGUACAUUUUUGGAAAUUUCAUUGAGAGAUUGUGGGCUUACUUAACUAUUCAACAGCUGCUAGAAAAAUCUAUUUCAGCUCAAGAGGAACAGCAGAAAAACCUGCAGCUUGCCCGAGCUUUGGAGCUAUCUAUGAAGUACAGUUUUGUUACACCUCUCACUUCAAUGGUGGUCACCAAACCUGAUGAUCAACAGAAACUCCAUUUGGCAAACAAACCGACUGAAUCUGAUAAUGAGAAGUCAAGAUUUACUGGAUUUUCAGGUAACAAACUCUCAAAAAGCCAUAUAACAAAAACCUUAAGUUACAGAAGGCAUCACGAUCAGAGUAUGUAUUACGUUCAAAGAGUAGCGAAAACUGGUAAGUCACUUUAAAGAGCUAUACUGUUUGACAUGACAGAAUACUCACCAGACAUUUUCAGGACUGUUCAAACACCACCACAGCUUCUUACCAAUGAAUAUCCACAUUUCCUCUUUCAACUGCCCAGACAAAAUGAUGUCAUUUGUUUAAAUAUUGAUGGUCAACCGCAAGCUUACAUAAACCUAGUAUCAGAUCCUGGCAAAGGAAUCUCUGUGACUGGUAAGCUUGGGAGAAAUAGAAAUCACUUUGUGCUGUUUGAAAUUACCAACCUGGAUCCUCAUGUGCAACUCCGUGUAUCAAAGGAAGGCGCUGUGCUGAGCUAUGGUGGUCAUACCACCAAACUCUCAUGGACAAAGUCUGCUUCCUCUACAAUCCAGGGGCUGAAGAUUGCAGUUGAAAAGGAAAGAAGUCUUACAAUGACAGCAUCUGACAACAUCACAAUAAAAAUUGCUUUUGUAAAGUCUCCAAAUCGUUUUCUUGGAUUAUAUUUCAUGGACACUGACCAUUUUUCUGACAAAGCCAGUGGACUUCUUGGUCAGUUUUACUUUGAUACACAUUUGGAAAGUAACCCUGGAGCAAGUCAGGGAGAGGAUGAAAGAGUCCUCAGUGUUCAUGGACAAAAGCAUAGAGUUACCAGAAAAAACAAGAAUGAUUACAGGCAAGAGUCAGCCACUGGUACUAUUUCCUGCUGGUCAUUACAUAUAACUCCCUAG